GAUGGCCUCGCGCUGCGCCACGCCUCGUCGGAGUUGCAGAACGACUGGUCCUUCGUAGCUGCGGCCGUGUGCCGCGAUGGGGAGGCGCGCCGUGGCGGCCGCGAUGCCUUGCAGUUCGCCUCGCCGGAGUUGCGCAACGACUCCAAGAUGGCGCGCUGGGCCAUGGGCAUCCGCGCGCCGCGGCAGGACGCGCCCUCGGGGCAAAUCAACAUCGAGGAGUGGACGGGCCCUGACCUGUCCGAAUACAACAACAUGGCAACGGGACGGACGGCGCAGCCGAACUGCCUGCGUCAUGCCUCUGCACAGCUCAGAGGGAAGGAUCAGGAGCUGAUGCUGCACGCCAUCAGGGAGUAUUGGUUUGCUGCUGAUCACUUGACUUUGCCUCUACGAGAGUCGAAGCCUUUCUGGCGGAAGGUCCUCGAGCAAAACGAGCGGACGGGAUGGCAAGCCUUCGGAAACUAUGCACCGGUCUUCCUCCGGGAAGAUGAGGAGUUGAUGAACUGUGCCCUGCAGUUCGACCCGAUGGCCUUGCACUUCGCCGGCCCUGCGCUGCGCAAGCGGCGCUCCUUCGUCUUGGAGGCCGUGCAGCGGGACUGGCGCAGCCUGCGCUGUGCGCCCGCGGAGUACCAAGCGGAUGUCGAACUCCUCGUGGCCGCGGCGAUGCAGAACUUGGAGGCCCUGGAAUACGCCGGGGGCGAACUGAAGAGUGUGGCGCUACGGGCCGUGCAACCGCCCAGCCGAAGCUCGGGUCAAUGGCAGACGCACGGGUCGAGGGUGGAGCGACAGAUCCUGGAGGAAGAGAAGGAGAGCCUCCGAACUCGUUGCCGAUGGAAAGAUGGUUUCAUUGAGACCUGGACGGGCUUGCAGGAUGCUGAAGAGGUGGAAAAACAGGCCAAGAAGCAGAAGGAGAUUUGCCAGGAGAUUUGCAUGCUGAGGGAGUGGAAUCGAGUGAUGCUGCAGCUCUCCUCGAAGCACGGCCGAGCCUUGUCCUUCAUGCGCCCCACCGGUGUGGACGCUCGCUGGACCCUCGAAGCGGUGAAGGGCAACGGAGUGGCUCUGGCCUAUGCCGAGGCACGACACGCGCUUCUGCCGCUCGCGAGCUGGGAACGGCAUGGCGGUGAUGACCAUGACGUUCGGGUUCAAUCCUACCAAGAGAGGUAG